AUGGCCUCGGCAAGUUCAACUCUAUCACUGCACCAGAACAAUGGGCGACAUCUUCGAAAUCUCGCCAAAUGCUCUGUCCUCGCCCUCAUCCGACGCAUCAUUGGCUCGAAGCCUGGGAAGAGUGGACCGGUCUGUAUCGGACUCAUGGUAAUCAUUAUAGUAUGGGGUGUCUGCUCCUGUUCGGCAUGGCUUGUGAACUGCCGCGCAGAUUCUUUGUUGGCUUUGGAUAACGUCAAGCAAUGCCCGCACCAGAAUACACGUUGGGCCGUCAUAACGGCGAUAGACAUCUUGACCGAGAUCCUUACCUGGCUCCUCGUACUGCAAUUAUCCUGGUCCGUCAACAUUUCAUACAUCCGCAAGUGUCAGGUUGUUAUGGCUUUCUCAUUCCGUAUACCGCUCAUCGACCUCUCAGCCGUUCAUCUGGCGUAUUCUGCAACAAAUCCAGCCUCUACUGAGCCUCAAUUCGCCGUCACAAAGGCCCUACUCUGUCAACAGAUCAUGGUUGCUUGGUCGCUCAUUUCUGCCACUGUGCCAAAUCUGAAGAACUUUUUAAAAUCAUUCUCUAUAGGAAUGGGGUUUCCAGUGUCCUUUGACCUCAGUAUGUCUGGAUCAAGCAACGUCUACGCACUUCAGUCAUUUAGAGAUAAUCGCUCUGGGGUUACAUCAUCUGCGGCUGUGGCAACUGCAGUAAAAUCGAGAUCUGAUAGCGCUGCCCGUAGCCGACCGCACGGUUGGAGGCCGGACCAGGUCUCAUGCCAAACAACGGCAGCAUGCGACUCUGGAAGCAAUAAUCGGGAUGAUAUAUCGGAGGAAGGGCGGAACUCUAGGGCUGGCAAUAUAAGGGUCCUAGAUCUUGCACUCCACAUCACAUCACGUUUAUCUUUGUCACCUGGCCCGGGUGAAAAAACCAUGUCUGAGAUUGUAUUGCGCGAUGCGCGCUACUCCGAACUUCCAGAGAUUGCCCACAUCAUGUCAGAGGCAUUUUGGAAGGAUAACCUAUUUGGCGAGCUCAUACACCCCCAUCGUAACGAGUAUCCCGAUGAUGUACACCUGUACUGGCUGCGACGGGCACGGGUCAACUUUUGGGACUAUCGCUGGCGAUGGAUCGUUGCUGUGGCCAAAGACGAGAGUGGUCAGGAAGUUAUUGCCGGCAUUGCUCAGUGGGUAAGACUGGGAGAUGGGGGCCAAAAGCUUGAGUGCUGGUAUUUGGAUCCUCGAAACCUUCUCAAACCUUUAUCUUCUAUUGUCAUGAACAUCCAUGCUUGGGCCUGGCCUAAUCGUGCAAGCGACCCCAAGGAGGAGGACAUCAUAGAGCGGGCAUAUCCUCAUUUCGAAGACAUAUGGAGCGGAAAGCGCGCUGAGUCCUGGUAUCUCGAAGGAUUAGCAGUGCGUCCAGAUUUUCAGGGGAAAAACGUGGGCCGGAAGCUUGUGCAAUGGGGCCUCGAGCAGGCCAAGGCUGAUGGUAUUUGCGCUUCGGUUAUUAGUGCCUUUGGCACAGAUGAGUUCUAUAAGAAAUGCGGGUUUGACGAGCAGUACGGAAGCGCUAGACAGGGUGAGGGUAACCCCUUGGCGGAUGUUGAGGGUGCUAACAUGUUUUGGAAAUGGCCUGAGACUUGA